UGGGCCUCUGGUGGAGCAGGUUUAAAAAGGUAAAACCACCACAGUGCUCUUAUAUAGAAAUCGUGUGUGUGAAGGGAUCAAUUUCCUUUUAGCCAAAGGAAUGCACAAGAGUAAAACAGCAGUAUUUUUUGUGUGUAUCUGAACUGUUCUGGAACAAUUCUUUUUUUACUGGUAGUUCAUCCUGUCUUUUCAUCUGUCCAUUUUAAUGACUUUUGCUACCUGUCCCAAUAGGAUGGAAAAGAUGUGCUGCAGUAUACAAUGAGGAGGGAUUGGAUUCAUCUAUAUGGAAAGGAGGAAGUCACCUCCUCUUGUUUGUGAGAAACUGUAAGAAAAUGCCUGCGAUGCCAGGAAACAACUCAGCAGAAACAACUCAGCAAUAUGAGGAAUAUAGGCAGAGCUAACAGUGAGCUGGCUAUCUGGGUAGAAGGGAGGCCAGCUGUGGUAUCGCUUUACAGUCACACUUCUCUCCUGUGAGUCUUUUUGCUAAAUGCAAGAGCUGUUCCAGUGAUUCCGUAAUCAUUUGUAAACCCUGUUUAAGCUCACCUGGGAAAUUGUACUAUGUUGGGAAAUAGCGUUUUAUCUACAGAAUCCAGUUCUGCUCCUGAUUCCUGUGCCGUGGACUGAUCACGGAGUUGUCUGUGCCAGUGGAAGCUUUAGCUUGCAGCUGUAUUGUGCUUCUGCAAACCUUGCCUGUGCUGUCAGACUUGGCAGUUGCUGUAGCUGCAUAUCUUACGCGUGGUGUCACUUUGGUAGGUAGAAACACUUCUGUCCAUAUGCGAGCAGGUAGGCUGUGGUUUUUGCUAUGUGACACGUUGGAUGUGUGGUGCUUGGUGUAACCACACCAACUAAACUACUGAGGCAGAUCUUACUGCUUUUUUUUUGGUGAGGGUUCAUAGGUUCACUGGACUGGUGUUGAGAAGCUAUUGCUGAACAUAAGGGCAGUAAAACUUGGCCCAAUGAAGAAAUGAGAAAUGUCCAAUCUGUGAAGAAACCUCAUCUUAUUUGUAGUGAGAAAUGCAAUGGACCACAGUUUUCCUGCUGUUAUCCCAUCUGUUUGUUGUCUUGCACAGUGUUAGCUUCAAGGAGGCAGCUCUCAGGUUACGGGGAGAGGGAGGGUUCAUCAGAGCCCCAGGCAGCUGCAGGAGCUGAGACCAUUGCUCCAGGACACUGACAGCUGCUGAGGGAGGACUGAGUUGUUUCUAGCUGCUUAUCAGUGCUGCAGCAACUUUGUGUUGCUGUGCAACUUGUGUUUUGUUAUAGUUUUGGAUGGUGAGAAGGUCCAGAAAUGAAGAGAAAAAGUCCAUCCUCCUUUUAUGUCUCUCUCUGGUUGCUGUUCACAGCCGUGAUGCCUCAAGCUGUAGAAUCAGCCAAAGGAAAAUAUGCUCACAAGCUGUUCAAUGACCUGUUUGAAGACUAUUCAAAUGCUCUAAGACCAGUGGAAGACACAGAUAAAGUGCUGAAUGUUACCCUUCAGAUAACAUUGUCCCAAAUUAAAGACAUGGAUGAAAGGAACCAAAUUUUGACAGCUUACUUAUGGAUUCGACAAAGCUGGUAUGAUGCAUACCUCAAAUGGGACAAGGAUAAAUACGAUGGGUUGGAUUCUAUCAGGAUUCCAAGCAAUUUGGUCUGGAGGCCAGAUAUUGUCCUAUAUAACAAGGCUGACGAUGACUUUUCAGAACCAGUGAAUACUAAUGUUGUGUUGAGAUAUGAUGGAAAAAUCACUUGGGAUGCACCUGCUAUCACAAAGAGCUCAUGUGUAGUGGAUGUAUCUUAUUUUCCUUUUGACAGCCAGCAGUGCAACCUUACGUUUGGUUCCUGGACCUAUAAUGGUAAUCAGGUAGACAUCAUCAAUUCUCUUGAUAGUGGUGACCUUUCUGACUUCAUAGAAGAUGUGGAAUGGGAGAUUCAUGGCAUGCCAGCGGUUAAGAAUGUAAUCACUUACGGCUGCUGCUCUGAGCCUUAUCCAGAUGUAACAUUCACACUGAUUUUGAAAAGGAAGUCGUCUUUCUACAUAUUUAAUCUGUUGCUUCCUUGCAUUUUGAUCUCUUUCCUCGCCCCACUGGGAUUCUACCUCCCUGCAGACUCUGGAGAAAAAGUGUCACUAGGCGUUACGGUUCUUCUUGCUCUGACCGUGUUCCAGCUUAUGGUUGCAGAGAUCAUGCCUCCCUCUGAAAAUGUACCUUUGAUAGGCAAGUAUUACAUAGCAACUAUGACCAUGAUCACAGCUUCCACUGCGCUGACGAUCAUUAUCAUGAAUGUCCAUCACUGUGGCUCAGAAGCGAAGCCUGUUCCCCAGUGGGCCAGGGUGGUUAUCUUGGACUACAUGUCAAAAAUCUUUUUUGUGUAUGAUGUGGGUGAGAACUGUACAAGUCCACAAAGAGAGAAGGAGCAAGAACAUAAGUUAGAGGGGGAUGAUGUGUGUCGGGGGGGAGACAAAGAGGUAAGGAGUCAACUUUCCAACAGAAAUGAUGACAGUGAUCUCAAGGAGAAGCUGAAUGGAAAUUUGAAUAAAAGCUGUGGAGUUCAUGGUGAAGAUAUUAGGGAGAAUGUUAAUUGCUGUUCCUGUUACAAAAUGCUGAUAAAAAAUAUCGAGUACAUUGCUAACUGUGUUCGAGACCAUAAAGCAAACCGGGCCAAAGGAAUUGAGUGGAAAAAAGUAGCAAAAGUGAUGGACAGGUUUUUCAUGUGGAUUUUUUUUAUCAUGGUGUUUUUUAUGAGUGUGCUGAUCAUUGGGAAAGCAGCUUAACUGCAGAUGAACACAUUCGUUUUGUAGGUAUGAAUGAAUGUACUGGGUUAGCUCGUUUCAGUGGAGCUGUGGGGUAGGUGUGCUUCUGAGAUCUUUGUGUCUUCUGUUCUGUAACAAUAAACUGGCUCAGUAGGCUGCAACGGCACGUUGAGACAUUGCUCAGCUGACGGCUUUAUUAGUGGCUUUCAUUGUGUUUUAAUAUGAGUGCAGCCCCGGUGGGGCUUGCUGGAUGAGCAGUGUGUGCUCCGUCUUAACGAAUGGUGGCCAUGACUGCAGGCUGAUCGGGGGAGCAAUGCAGUGGUGGAGCAGACAGCCUAGCAGGGAGCACUCUAUUCUGAGGGCUGCACCUUGUAACUUGGCUGGCCUUUUCUCUCUGCCAGAACAAAAUCGGGGUAUUUUUGAGAUUGUGAUGGAACCUGGAAUUAAUCUCUUCAUGGCAUUGCCUUUUUUUCCUUUUUUAGCUUGCCUUCCUAAGUUAGCUUAUUUCGUUAAUGGCUUUUUCUGGUCAUUGUUCAUGUCUGCUCGUAGGCUCUGCCUGUCUGUCUUGCUCGAUGGUGUGCCUUUCACUUCUGCUACCAUUGAGUAUACCUCUAAAUAUGACGGUACCUUGAUUUACCUUUUAAUCAUCUCCUGCUGCUAAAUACUGCUUCAUUGUUACUACAGGCACAGUAAGCCAGAAUGACAGGACUUAUUCCUCACCAAGUCACAGGGCCUCUCCUCCAUUCUCUUCCUUCUGAUUCUACCAUUAGGAAGGGCUUCUCAUCCUCCCUAGUUAUUUCAUUGCCCUGGACAUUUGUGCAAAAUGGGCCUUUAAAUGUCAACUGUGAGACUGUUAAAAUAGUCUGUGUCUGUCCAGUCUCUGCUCAUUUUAUUGACCUUGACCGAUGCUCACCCCAUGUGUCUGUUACCCGGUUUUGAAUCACAGAAUCAGAGAAUCACUAAGGUUGGAAGGGACCUCUGGAGAUCACCUAGUCCAACCCCCCUGCUCAAGCAGGGUCACCUAGAGCAGGUUGCACAGGAUCACGUCCAGGCGGGUUUUGAAUAUCUCCAGAGAAGCAGACUCAACAACCUCUCUGGGCAGCCUGUUCCAGUGCUCUGUCACUCUCACAGUACAGAAGUGUUCCACAUAUUCAGAUGGACCUUCCUGUGUUUUGGUUUGUUCCCGUUGCUUAUCUCUGGGCACCACCAAAGAGUCUGGCCCCAUUGUCUCCCCUAAGAUAUUUAUAUGCGUUGAUGAGAUCCCCUCUCAGUCUUCUCCAGGCUGAAUAGGCCCAGCUCUCUCAGCCUUUCCUCAUUUGAGAGAUGCUCCAGUCCCCUACUCAUCUUCACAGCCCUCUGCUGGACUCUCUCCAGGAGCUCCAUGUCCCUCUUGUACUGGGGAGCCCAGAACUGGAGACAGUACUCCAGUGUGACCUCACCGGGGCUGAGCAGAGGGGGAGGAUCGUCUCUCAACCUGCUGGGAACACUUUUCCUAAUGCACCCCAGGAUACCAUUGGCCUUCUUGGCCACAAGGGGACAUUGCUGUCUCAUGGUUAACCUGCUGUCCACCAGGACUCCCAGGUUUUUUCCUGCAGAGCUGCUUUCCAGCAGGUCAUCCCCCAACCUGUACUAGUGCACGGGGUUAUUCCUCCCAGGUGCAGAACCCUGCACUUGCUUUUGUUGAACCUCGGGAGGUUCCUCUCUGCCAAACUCUCCAGCCUGGCCAGGUCCCUCUGAAUGGCAAUGCAGCACUGUGGUGGAUCAGCCACUCCUGGUUUUGUAUCAGCAGUAAAUGUGCUGAGGGUGCACUCUUGUCCCUUCAUCCAGGUCAUUGAUGAGUAAGUCGGACAGGACUGGACCCAGCACAGCCCACCGGGGGACACAGCUACAGGCCUCCAGCUAGACUGUGCAGCUGAGCACAGCCCUCUGAGCUCUGCCAUCCAGCCAGUUCUCAGUCCACCUCACUGGCUGCUCAUCUAAAUGUACUUAAAUUAUAAGCUGUCUAGAGGAAUGCCAAGGUUGCUUUGCGCAUUACUUAGCACAAAAGCAUGAUCUUACAGCACUAUCAUUAAAGUAGCGCCGUAAUCAACACAUUCCCUGUUCAACACCUUGCUACUUAAGCCUACAUGAAUGUGUUUGCUGACAACACUGAAAAGCCCUCUCCUCUGUGCUAAUUUCUUUUAACCCCUCAGACAAAAGUUCCAGAAGAUGUUUCAUGGUAAAGUGAGAAGCUUAAAAGCCCAGGCAUGCCCUUGGCAGAUAAAUUGCUUUUACAAAGCACCCUGAAGUUUGAAACCAUGAUAUUCUAGAUGCAGUGGGAGAGGCAGAAGGACACUGUAAUGGAUCCCAGUCAAAAGUUCAUGUGAUAAAAUGAGUUUUCAUAACUGUUGCAGUUAAUAGGAGCACACCUGUGAAGCUGUAACUUAAGAGUGAGGAGUCAAAAUGGCAAAGCGAUGCAGUUGUCAUGGCCAAAUUUAUUGAAAGGGAUUUGUAGUUAUUGUUAUUAUGUAAAUGAUGCAUUGAAUUCUCAAUGCCAGGUUUUCUUUUGUGUGGAAUAAUUAAUGCUGUAAGCUUAUCUGGAUUCUCAUACAUAAUGCAAGCUUUAAAGUCCAGGUUCUAAUGUAAAGAUAAACUGGGUGGCUAGCCAAGAAUAAACUCAGUAUGUGGAAAAAGUCUCAAGUGUAUUCCCUAUAUAUUAUCAGCUUCCAGUCAACUGGGGUAACUUUGAAUAUCUGCUUUAGAAACCAAGCUGUUCAUUCUCCCUGUGCAGAAGAAUGGUUGCAGACAUUUGCCAUGGAGCUCAGGGUUUGACAUUUAUACUGCCUCUUUUAGGAAACUGAUUUGUUCUUUGUUGUGGAAAAAAGAUAUUGUCCCCAAAGCCUGGGGAGUGAAGUAUUUAAAGAUAAAGGUAAGGUAUUCAGAACAUGAGUCUUCACGGUGGAGAAGAAAUGGCUGAGGGAGUGUUUGUCCAAGGCUUAUGGGUGGUAUAAAGAAAAUAGAGUUACUGUUUACUGUCUCUUCCACUUCAGGAACCAGGUGCAUCAAAUAUACUGCGAGACAGCGGAUGGGACUGACUGUAUACUAUGUGUGAGAAGGCUGAGGAACUCCUUGCAACAGAAUUUGUGAAUGCUAAAAGACUGUGUGGAUUUAAAGAGAUGGGGAGAAAUGGAAGAAAAAUCUCUCAGGGUACAACUAAAUAUAGUCAUGAAGUGUUGAAAGCUAGAGCAGUGUUUUUAGGAAUUCAGUACUGCAUAUUCUUCUGUGCUCUUUAUCCCGUAUGUUUCAAGAAUUCAGGUGUUACGUUAUAAGCGUGUUUCAUCCUAUGGUUGACAAAGCUUUGCUCUGACCCUGCCAGAAGUAUGGGAAAUAUCUGAGAGCUGUUUCUCAAGAAAUGCAGGAGUUUGGCAAGAACUCCUGAUUGUUCAGGUUUGUCUUUGUUUGAGAAACAGAAGACCUGUAAUUUAAUAUUUUAGGAGAUGGGAAGGGGAGAGCAUGGGGCGAGGGAAUUCCCUCAUUUCCCUUUAAAGCCAGGAAGAAUCCAUCUACUCUCUCAUUUUAAAAAUUUCUGUUACCUGUUGAAAAUAAUGUGGUGACUCUUGUUUUUGUUCUUAAAAUCUUUUCAUCAACAACAGGAUAUAAGACUGAAGGUGGCCUCUGUACUUUGUGUGCAACCACCUCUUUUGUACUUGCAGACAGAGUGAAUAACCUAGAGAUCAUUUAAAGGAGCAGAGCAAACUGAACAUCUCUUUUCUCACCGACUGUGAAGUCCACUAAGAAGUAGUCACUAUUUUUUGCUAGAGGCAAAUCCAGUUGGAUGGAAGGAACAAAUGCAAAUUAAAAAUUCAUUGUCUCCAGAUCCCAUGCCUGUCUGUUCAACAGGCAUUUGGACAAUGCCCUCAUGAAUCUGCUUUAGCUUUUGGUUAGUGAUGAUCUUUGAAGGUCCCUUCCAACUGCACUGUAUUCUAAGAUCUCCUUUCUGCACAGUGGCAGUGAACCAUUCUGUUUAUACAUUGCUUGCAGUAAGGAAUAAAUGAGAUAUCAGGUGCCCCAGCUCAGGCUCAUUCUUCUCUGUUUCUUUUCAAAUAUGUUACAGCAUUUAAUUCCUAAUUCUCUGAAUUCCUUUAAUUCUCUGAAGACCUGCAAAGCCAACAAUGAUACACUGCAAUUGUUCCAUUAGCUUAAUGGAACUAUUUUAAGCCAUCCUCCCAUUUGGCUACACUCGUGGAUUUAUGAGACUGGUAUCUAAAUGCUAUCCAGUUCAGCCGCUUGGGAACCAUUUGAUGGCAGUGUGCAAUGAAUAUUAAAUAAAAGAUGAAGGCAUAUUAACUUCCAUAUUAAAUUUUGGGAGCUGUCAGGAGUACAAUGUGUUAAGUUCAGCUACCAUAAAGGUGAGUUUCGAGCAGUGCAGCCUGCCUUCUGGUUACCUGGGCUGCAGGGACAGACCUCGCAAGCAGGCUAGUGGUGCAUUCAAUCACAUAUUUUCUUGGUCAUGUGGGGUCCUGUGUUUGUCUGCCCAUGACAGCGCUGCAUCUCCAGCUGAAGUUCCAGCUAUUGUGAUUGAGAAGACAAUUCAGGGAUACCUUUGCAACAGGACAACAAUAUAAAUAUCCAAAUGCAGCUGUUGAAGGAGAUAACAGUUGAUGGGGAGCACAGCAGGGUGGAAAACAUGGGUGUGUUUAAUUCCAGAUGUACAGAACUGUUAUGCCUUGGUCUGUUUUUGGGCACUUCUUCAGAGUAGAAAGCAAAUCUAGUGAACAUCUGGAAAGAACAAAUCAAGAUAAAAGGCAGCUGCAGUUUUAAAGAGAAGAGUUUUUCAUUCUAGUUCCUGAAAAUGUUUGUUUUAAAUGUGAUUCGGUUUAAAUGUGAUUCAGUCCUACUACCUUCUAAAUAACCUACCUAGAACUGUGUUGAGUUUUUUUUCUGGGUAAUGCGUAUUCUCUGCUUUGUCUGCAAUUCUGAACAUUUAUUCUUUGCCAGGAUAUGGACCUUACAACGUUCAUAUAUGUACUCCUUUUUUUUCUAUUGCAAAAGAACUCGAAACAAAUUUUUAUAUGCUAUUAUUUUUAUCAGCCUUCACUGAAAAUUAUUUUAUCUAUGGUGUUGGGAGUUGCACGGGGACUAUGCUAAAGACUGGCUUGUGUUCCCUUUGGUCUGUCACUACAUUGGUUUGUGUUACUCUAAAUGCAGUGACAGAGCUGGCAAAGGAAGAAGAGCAUUGGAGAAAAAAAUACAUAUUUUUUAUUGCUUAAAUGUAACCCAUAUGAUUGUAGGCAGAGCUUCAGUGAAUAAAACGAGUAAAUUAGGAUUCACUGUAUUUGCUUUCUGUGUCACCACUAAUAAAAUUUGAUUGAUAAUGGUCUUAAAUACUAUGUAAUAAUAACAUAUUCUGUUUCUGUUUGCUUGUGCAUUCUCCAUUAACGUGUUUAAGUGCAUGUUAGCAGGAAAUGAUUGAGCCAGUAUAAUGUGAACAAAUAAAGAAAGGCAUUGUGAUUAAUGCAUGCAUGCAUGGUUGUAUCGUUAGUGUACCA